GACUCCAGAAGCCGCCUAAAGCACCUACCCAACCACCCGAACCAAACCGAACCGAACCACCCGUCCCGUCCCAUCGCCGCGGUUCCGCGCCGCUCCCGCCCGGACCGCAUCUGCGGGUCACGCCCCGCGCCGGGCGGCAGGUCUCGCGAGACUCACCCCCAAUCUGGGCUCUCAGCCAAGUCUCGCGAGAUCCCGUCCCGCUCCGCCCCCGCGGGGCCUCGCCGCGCUCUCUCUCUCUCUCUGCCUCGCACGCUGCAGACAUGCCUUCCAGGCUAAGGAAGACCCGGAAGCUGAGAGGGCACGUCAGCCAUGGCCACGGCCGCGUUGGCAAACACAGGAAGCAUCCUGGAGGACGUGGUAAUGCUGGUGGUUUGCACCAUCACAGGAUUAACUUUGAUAAAUAUCACCCAGGUUACUUUGGAAAAGUAGGCAUGAAACAUUAUCACCUGAAAAGAAACCAAAAGUUCUGUCCUACUGUCAAUCUGGACAAACUGUGGACACUUGUCAGCGAGCAGACACGGCUCAACUAUGCCAAGAAAGAGGGGAUGGCCCCAGUCAUCGAUGUUGUGCGCUCAGGCUACUACAAAGUGCUGGGCAAGGGGAAGCUGCCCAAGCAGCCUGUAAUUGUGAAGGCAAAGUUCUUCAGUAGGAGAGCAGAGGAGAAGAUCAAAGAAGUUGGUGGUGCCUGUGUGCUUGUGGCAUGAAGGCCUUUGUUUUACACAAAAUAUUUGAAUAAAGACAAUGUGUCAAAAUGUGCUGAUUUACAA